CUCGCAUGCUGCUGUCAUUUAUUGCUGUGUAAUUUUCUUGUUGGCUUGAGAUCAUGCUUGGCCAAGAAGUAACCAUUUCAAUGAGAAUUUCUAGUGAGGAAAGUUGGCUGCUAAUCUUUAAGCCUUUUUUGUUGCUGUUGAUGCUGUCCUUUAAUUAACUGAGCUAAAUAAUAUGAGCUGAAAUUUCCUGGCAGCUGCUGUGGCAUUUCAGCCUCGGAUUGACUGAGAACUCUAACCCAAAGUACAUACAAUUACUAUGGGAUUAAUACUGGAUGCAUUUUUAAUUGGCUUUCUAAACGGAGAAUUUCAGCCCUACCGUUUUGGAUAGCGCGUUCCUUUCUGACUCUGUGACUAUACUAGUAUGAUCAGCUGGGCUGAUGGAAGGAGCUAAAAGAAAGCUAGCUAAAAGAGUUCCCAACAGUAACAAAACUUUUCUUUAGCCAGGAUCACAUUUUUCUCCCCGAAUGUUCAAAAACUCUGCAACCUCCAUAUUAAAAGUUCAUUUUGCUUUUCUGACUUGACUCUCGAGGGAGAGACCAUUAAAAUAAUAAUAAUGCCAAACCAUGGACUACUAAACUAGCCAAGGGAAAAAAAUACAGAGAGAUGUUGCACUUCUUUAGCUACUGCUGUCACAAUGGGAGGAAAGCAACCCACUAAAGGACCCCUGAACAGCGUCAGUAUCAGCGUGGCAGCAGAGACAAAGACAGAUGGUGAGCAGAGCCUCUAACUUGUGAGCUCAACAAUCCUCUGCUGCAAGUUCCAGCCUAACCAUGGAGAUUCUUUGCAAAGAAAACACUUCUUUGAGCUCAACUCCGAACUCCUUGAUGCAAUUAAAUGAUGACCCACGGCUCUACAAUAAUGACUUUAGCUCUGGUGAAGCUAACACUUCAGAUGCAUUUAACUGGACAGUGGACUCAGAAAACAGAACCAAUCUUUCCUGUGGGGGCUGCCACUCACCACCCUGCUUCUCCUUACUUCAGCUUCAGGAAAAAAACUGGUCUGCUUUGUUGACAGCCGUUGUGAUCAUUCUAACGAUUGCUGGGAACAUUCUCGUCAUCAUGGCAGUGUCCCUAGAGAAAAAGCUGCAGAACGCUACCAACUACUUCCUGAUGUCACUUGCCAUAGCUGAUAUGCUGCUGGGUUUCCUUGUCAUGCCUGUGUCCAUGCUAACCAUCCUCUAUGGCUACCGCUGGCCCUUUCCCAGUAAGUUGUGUGCUGUCUGGAUCUACCUGGAUGUGCUCUUUUCCACGGCCUCCAUCAUGCACCUCUGUGCAAUCUCCCUGGACCGUUAUGUGGCCAUCCAGAAUCCCAUCCACCACAGUCGAUUCAACUCCAGAACUAAGGCAUUUCUCAAAAUCAUUGCUGUGUGGACCAUCUCAGUAGGUAUAUCCAUGCCAAUACCUGUCUUUGGACUACAGGAUGAUUCCAAGGUCUUUAAGGAAGGAAGCUGCUUACUCGCUGAUGACAACUUCGUCUUAAUUGGCUCUUUUGUAUCAUUCUUCAUUCCCUUAACCAUCAUGGUGAUCACCUACUUCCUGACUAUCAAGUCACUCCAGAAAGAAGCCACUUUGUGUGUAAGUGAUCUUGGCACUCGGGGCAAAUUAUCUUCUUUCAGUUUCCUUCCUCAAAGUUCCCUGUCUUCAGAAAAGCUCUUCCAGCGGUCCAUCCACAGGGAGUCAGCAUCCUAUGGCAGAAGGACUAUGCAGUCCAUCAGCAAUGAACAGAAAGCCUGCAAGGUGCUGGGCAUCGUCUUCUUUUUGUUCGUGGUGAUGUGGUGCCCCUUCUUCAUUACCAACAUCAUGGCCGUCAUCUGCAAAGAGUCCUGUAAUGAGGAUGUCAUCGGAGCCCUGCUCAACGUGUUCGUCUGGAUUGGUUACCUCUCCUCUGCUGUCAACCCACUGGUGUACACACUGUUCAAUAAGACAUAUAGGUCCGCUUUCUCAAGAUAUAUUCAGUGUCAGUACAAGGAGAAUAAAAAGCCACUGCAGUUAAUUUUAGUAAACACUAUACCAACGCUGGCCUACAAGUCUAGUCAACUCCAGACAGGACAAAAUACGAAUUCAAACGAUGACAAAACAACAGAUAAUGACUGUUCUAUGGUUACUCUAGGAAAACAACCUUCAGAAGAUGUUCCAGUGGACAAUAGCAGCAUAGUGAAUGAAAAGAUUAGCUGUGUGUGAUAUUUAUUGCCAUAGCAACCAGAAAGGGCACUUUGAGCAACCUUUCAUCCAUGGUGGGGUAGGGAAAGAAAGAAAAAGAGACAAGCAUAUUAGGUGGGCAUAGUGGAGCCCAUCACGAUAGCUAUAUGCCUCAUUUUCUUCCAUCAGUGAAAAGCAGGGUUAAACGCCAGAAGGUGUGCAUUUCCAAAUAUUCUGACAGCAUUUCAGCUGUGAGCUUAUGAUACUUACUUUUAAUAUUGUAAAUGGUAUGUCUUUAAGAUAAUUAGCUUUUACUGUGCAAUUAUAAUGAGGAUAUAAAUAAAUUUAAAGUAAUAAAUAUCUUUUCAAGUGGAAACCUUGCUACUAUGUUAUUGAUGAUGGCAUGAGUGGUUCGCUGUAAAUAAAAAUAGCUGCUAAUAGUGACAAAUUAAAUUAGCUAACUAUAUUGGUUUCUUAAAUUAAAAUUUUUCUUGAAAAUGUUACAUAUUUUGAACAACAAAAGACAUUAAAACAAUGUCAUAUUGUAUUAAGAUAAUGAAAUUAAAUACUUGACAAUGGUUUUCAUUCCUGCUUUUUCAUAGACGCAAAUUUGAGAUAUUUCAAAAUUGGUA